UGCGCGCCCUCCUCUGCUUGGCUGGUGGGGACGGUGUGCCCAGGAGGGGAAGCCUAGUGGGCCCGGCCCCUCCCAGCCCAGCGCCCAUGAGUGCCAAGGCGCCGAAGGAGCUGAGGCUGGCGCUGCCGCCGUGUCUCCUCAAUCGGACCUUUGCUUCCCCCAACGCCAGCGGCAGCGGCAACGCGGGUGCCCGCGGCCCGGGCGCAGGCGGCGGCGGCACCUGCAUCUCGCAGGUGGGACAGCAGCUCUUCCAGUCCUUCUCCUCCACGCUGGUGCUGAUUGUCCUGGUCACCCUCAUCUUCUGCCUCAUCGUGCUGUCCCUGUCCACCUUCCACAUCCACAAGCGCAGGAUGAAGAAGCGGAAGAUGCAGAGGGCUCAGGAGGAAUACGAGCGGGAUCACUGCAGCGGCAGCCGCGGUGGCGGGGGGCUGCCGCGAGCUGGCAGGCCGGCCCCACCCCACGCGAAAGAGACCCGGCUGGAGAGGCAGCCCCGGGACUCCGCCUUUUGCGCCCCCUCCAACGCCUCGUCGUCCUCCUCCUCCUCUUCGUCUCCUGGCCUCCCGUGCCAGGGUCCCUGCGCUCCCCCGCCUCCACCGCCAGCCUCCAGUCCGCAAGGAGCACACGCAGCCUCCUCCUGUUUGGACACAGCUGGCGAGGGCCUUUUGCAAACGGUGGUACUGUCCUGAUUGUCUAGCUCCUCUCCUCUCCCCUUCCUGGUCUCGAGCAUCUUUGCUGUCCUUGCUUAUUUCCUUCCUUCCUUCCUUCCUUCCUUGUCCGUUUCCUCUCGCCCCUCUUCCCCCUUCCUUGUUUCCUUACCGGCCCUCCCCUAAUUCCGUUUCUCCUCCGCCGAGGCACUGUGCGGUAUUUGUAAAUAUUGGGCGAGGAAGGUCUCGGAAGAAGAAAUAACGCUGAUAAUAACACUUUAUUAAUAUUUAUAGUAAUUAUUAUACGACUGAUAACACAAUCCAAGCGCAUGACAAAUCACAUACUUUCUCAUCGUCAGCGAAGGAUGCAUCUUUCCACUCCACCCCGCGCUCCCCUCAGUAAGGAGGAGAAACCGCACAAGCUACCAAAUACAUAAAAGGCAUUGACUCCCGGAGCAGGGGAGAGGAGGGGCCCGGUAGUGUUGUACAUAGCUGUCAAGUUAAGGUUUCGUUUCCUCCCUUCGCCCUCUGCCCCCUGAGCGUUCACUUUUCCUUUAGCUUCCCUCCCCAUUCUCACCCUCAGCCGGGCUCAGGCAAUAUAGUCUCUUAUAAAGAACACAUCUACGUUAAGCACCAGAACUAGAAGAGGCCACAGAGAAAGUCCCAGAAAAAGCGUUUAUGGCAGGUAUCCCUCUCCAGUCGGCCCUUUUCGCCCCCUUUUGCAGGACAGAGCAUUUAAUUUACUUUUUAAAAUGUCCCUCGCUGGCCGAGCAUACGUACGUUAAAAUCUUUACAUGAUUUAAAACAAACAAACAAACAAACAAAACCCACAAAACACUAGCGUUUUCGCCCCCUGCCCCGCCCCCACCUGUACGCCUCUGACUUGUGGCAUUUUCAGGAUUUACAGAGGAGCCGGGAGCUGUCCAGCCAGGUCUGGGGCUGAAAUCUCCUCUUUGUACUGGUUACUUCCUCUGUGCAGGCCGAGGAGGGGCUGUUUUGGAAAGUGACUGUUCUGGCUUUUGGUUGGCUUCUUUCUUCUUUUUCUACAAUCGGGCUAGCGUGUGCUGUUGGUUUUCUUAUUAUUAAACAUUGCAUAAGUUAUCUUUUUUUGUAAAAAAAAAAAGUGUUAGGUGAUGUGCAGUACUGAAAGUGCAGUAUCUAACCAACUAGGAUGUUUCUGUUUUAUUUUUAGAACAAGUGCACCUUUGUUAUAUAUUUAUUAUACUGGUACCAAAUACAGAAGAAAACUAUAGUUCUGUACUACGUCCUUCAAAUUGUAUAUUCUUGUUCUUAAUUUCCAGCUGUUGAUAUAAUGGUCACCACUGGAUGAGAAAUUCCGUGGUGCAGACCUGGCUUCUGCUGUUUCCAGAAGUGUUCUUUUGUACCUUACUCUGUAGUAGACUGUUAUAAAAAGAUGACACACAUGUUUUCUUUUUUUCUUUUGCGAAUAACAGAAACAACCACCACAACAGAAACAAGCAAAUUAUGGAUGUGCAGGAAUGCCAUCUAUUAAAACAUGGUUAAUAUUUAAACAGUGCCUGUAGUUCUCCCUGCAUGCAAUUACCACCUGGAGGCAGUGGCGUGUGUGCUUGCUUGUACUGUAUGUGUUUGGGGAUGAGACUGGUGUGGGGAUGUUGGGCAAUUUGGAUGACAGGACAUGCAAAAUUCAAGAGAAGUUAAAUCCAGUAAUUGCUUAUAGGAUAAAAAUGUUUGAAGUCUGUUUAGUUAGAAAUCUGCACCUGCAGCAAAGUAAGGACUCUCUUUCUGAGGCUGGGCCUGGCUUAGCUAACUUCAUUUAAUAUACGAGUGUGAAAAAUAUCGAGACACAAGAUGGUGGGAGAAGAAGAUAAAUCUUUUGUUUUCUCUCCUAAUGUCAGAGAAGGCCAUCUAUGUUAGAAAUAGAGUCUGACUAUGGUAAUUUGUCACUUUGUUUCCCUUGGAUAGGUAAUAGAAAGAACCAGAAGCAUGUUACAUUCUUAAUUAUAUGCAGCGGCAUCUCUUCUUGGAAACCAAGUGUUUGACAGCUAUUCAGAUGUUUGGAAAAUGUAUGAAUGAGAAUAAGCUACAAAAAACUCAACCCAAAGAGUCCUUACCAUCCUGCAGAGUGUAAGGCAACACUGCCCCUAUGAGCAUCCCUCUCUCAAGUAUCUAGUUGUUCUAGAUUGUCUGUCUUGGUUCCAAGUGUAUGUGCUCUUAUCCAGAGAAAAUAUUAUCUCUGAUGUUUUUGGUUAUCUACUAAAUUGCCCAAGCUCAGUCUACAUCUUUUGUAAAAAUAAUUUAACUAACUUAAUUUUAAUCACCCAUUCAUUUUUCACCCGAGUCCUCUCCUGAAGCACAGAUCAUCAUUGAAGCAUGCCAUCCAUGUUGUAAUAUUAUGAAGACCAGGUAUUAUCUUUGGGUACAAUCUAUUAAAUAAUGAACCAGAUUUUCUCCAGUGCCUUAGUCAUUUCCUAGUAAUAGGCAAAAGAGUGCAUUAGCUCCCUCAGGCCACUAGGGAAUCCUUUAGUGUAUCAGAGCUCUACAUUGUACAUCAGAAUGACUAAGGCACUGUGAAGAAGAAAGUCCAUUAAUUUUUGUAGCUCACCCUCAUCCAGCAGUAACUCUUUAAUACCUUAUUACAGAAUGACUUUUGGACUUGCAAUUUGAAUAGAAUCAGGGACCCAGAAGGGAGCUUCCUUAUUUUCAAUGAGCUCCACUAAGUGCACGGAUUACUUUCUUCCCCUUGUUUGGUGCACUUCUUGUAGUGAAUAAUUUCCCAUUUUAUUAAAGCAAUAAGAUGUUCUGUUGUGAGCAGUGCUGGGUGAUGAUUCAAUUUUCUUGGUGCUGAAGCUACUCAUACAUUUUUGCCUUAUGAAUCACAGUACAUUCAAGGCAUGCAAUAAUAAUUCCCUACCAAGGAGAGCAGUCUGUACACUCUGGGGGGUAACUAUGAAAUUGUCCUAUGCCGUUUUUCCCCAAAGGAACAGAAGGAGCAAGAUAACUAAAAGCAUUAUGUUAUUGUGAAAAAAAGAUCUUGAUACCUCUAAACACGGGCACACAUCUGUAAUAUGCAUUUAUUGUGCACCUUUAAAUGUGUAUGCCUUCCUCUAUUAAUUGACUCCGGUUUAAUAUUUUUAAUAGUGUUCUGUGUAGAGAUAAUGCAGUGUGGUAGUCACAUUUCCUAGUGAGUUUAUUCUACUCAGAACCCUAAGCUUCUGGUGGUGUCACUUGAGAUUUUUUUGAUGAGAUGAUAGAGAGUUACAUGAAAUUCUAGCAAGUCAGUUCCCACACCAAAUUAUUGCAAUAAGCACAUAUCUAAACAAUUUGUACAGACCCUGUUUAAAGGACUGCUUCUUAGAAUUCAUUUGGCAGUCUCAGGAGUUUGGGAUGCUACCAACAGGGCAUUUUGGUCUUCAUUUAUAUGAAACAAAAGGCAAUCUGGAAAUAGCUAAAUUUAUUUUAAGGAUUUUAUUCACUGAUGUCCCGUCAAACUAAUUGCUUCAAACCCCUAUAGCUACAGCUUAACUUCUGCACUUGCUAUUCAGUAUUAAUAAGGUGGCAUGCUUGAUUCUUAUUGUUUUAAAAAUGAGAAAAUUGGAGAAAGAAUACUAUUAUGUCAACUGUAUGGGACUCUGAAUUUUAAAGAUGUAGAUGGAUAUUAUCUUCAGACUUUAUAUACACCCAUAGAUAUGUAUUUAUAUAUGCAUACAUUUUGUACAAAUUUACAAUGGACUUUUUGUAUUCUCUUUUCUGUCAUUACAAGAAUGAGAUGGAGACCAAAAAGUUGUUCCAUCCUCUUAUCCAUAGAGGAUACUGAGAAGUCAGGUAUAUGCAUGCACUUAUUUCUUUGGGGUCAAAUCUGAAUGGCUUUCUCUUUUUUUUUUAUGAAAGGGGAGAGACCUGGUUAGCUUGGGAAAUUGGUGAUUACAAUAAGCUUCCUUUCCUAGGUUACUGAUUCAAAUGUAGCAAUGAUAAUAAAGUUAUGACCAUAUUAAUGUGGUCUAAAUAUCUAGGUGGCAAACAAAAAUACCCAGAAGAGGUUUAGAACCACCUAGACCACAAACCUGGGUUAUGGUUCGAUUUAUUUUAUUUUAUUUUCAACCUAUAUGUUGUGUAGAGAUACAACUUAUAUCUGCAUAGCUAAAGGUAAAGUGAAAAUAUGACCAUUAUUUGUUUAGCUUGAUAAGUCGUUUUUGAAAAAUAUGAAUACAUUAUCUUAAAAAAAAAACUUCUCUGGCAUCUGACUUUCCCACCAUUCUAUCUGCAUCAAUUAAAUUAAUUAGGUUAACAUUUUAUUUUUUAAAAAUUGUGUAGACAUAUGCUUUAAAUGCUUUUCUGUGGGUGACAGUUGAGUGACAGCUUGCUGAUAUUAUGUGGAAGUUAUAGGUUAAAUUAGAACCAAAAACUUUAAUCUGAUCUGCUUAGGCUCCUCAUGCCCAUUCUUAUGUGAAUCUGGACUUUGAACUUGAAUCUGAAAAGCUCACUUGGUUGGGCCUUUCUUUUGGGAGAUGGUGGUUGUGGCUCAUGAUGUUUCAGUUCAUAUUAGAAUAAAUUGCCCUAUCUAUAGGAGACUAUUUAACUAUUGGACUAAAUGUAAAUCUGAUUCUUAUUUUUAAGAAAAAUUUAUUUGGUAAACACUUGAGAAACAGCUUAUAUGGCUUGACAUCAAUGCUUAUUAAUGUCACCAACCUAAUAAUACAAUUUGUGCCAUGUGAGAAUGCUUAGCCGAGAAUAAGAAUUUAAUUAGCUUAAAUUGGAGACAAUGACUUAUCAAGGUGGUCCUACCCAUCUGAGGUAGGGAUAUUUCCCUGAAAUUUGUGAUUACACUGAGUUGUUUCUAUAGAGACGUGAACAUCAACAACAGUGAAAAUGACAACGAUGGCAACAAUAGAAAGACUGACUUUUGAACUUGAGUAUAUCUAACAGAUAGAAUAAAACAGAUAUUAGAAUUCAUGGAAAAUUUGUUUUGCUUUUCUAUCAAUAAAAGAGUUUUCUUGUUAA